AUGUUACACAGCAGUGUCAGACUAUUUUCCACCACAGCUUGCAGGGCAGCGCAGAGUAUUGCGCAUAUUGAGUCCAGAAACGCUUACGGCAUCCAGGUUUCGAAGGCCCAAGGUGUCGUUAAGGGCCUCACCGGAGCAAUUGGAAAUACACCACUCAUACGAUUGAACCGGCUCUCAGCGGAGACUGGUUGCGAAGUUCUUGGCAAAGCGGAAUUCCAAAACCCAGGAGGCAGUGUCAAGGAUCGCGCGGCACUAUUCGUUGUCAAGGACGCGGAGGAGCGAGGGCUUCUAAAACCUGGUGGAACGGUUGUUGAAGGCACAGCCGGAAAUACCGGAAUCGGCCUUGCCCAUGUGUGCCGAUCAAAGGGCUACAAACUCGUCAUAUAUAUGCCCAACACGCAGUCUCAGGGCAAGAUCGAUCUUCUACGACUUCUAGGUGCAGAGGUGUACCCGGUCCCCGCUGUUGCCUUCGAAAACCCACAAAACUAUAAUCAUCAAGCCAGAAGACAUGCCGAGUCUCUGGACAACGCUGUGUGGACAAACCAGUUCGAUAAUACAGCCAACCGCCGCGCACAUAUUGAGACCACAGGCCCAGAAAUAUGGGCACAGACUGGGUGCAAAGUUGACGCUUUUACCUGCGCAACUGGCACUGGUGGCACUCUCGCUGGCGUUACGAGAUAUCUGAAGACCGUCAGCGACGGGCGUGUUAAGAGCUUCCUCGCAGAUCCACCGGGAAGUGUGCUGUACAAUUUUAUAUCAAGCGGCGGAAAGCUUAUUGAAAGGACGGGGAGUAGUAUAACCGAAGGAAUUGGCCAGGGGCGUGUUACGGACAAUCUGCAACCGGAUAUUGACCUAGUAGAUGGAGCUUUGAGCAUCAGUGACGAAAAGAGCAUCGAAAUGGUCUACCGGUGUCUGGAUGAGGAGGGUCUCUAUCUUGGCGCCAGCUCCGCACUCAACGUCGUUGCGGCCAAGGAAGUUGCUGAAAAGUUGGGCAAGGGCCACACCGUCGUUACCGUUUUAUGUGAUGGCGCUUACAGAUAUGCCGAUCGCCUAUUCUCGAACAAGUGGCUACAGAGCAAGAACCUACGUGAAGCGAUACCAAAGCAUUUAGAGAAGUACAUUGUGUUGGAAUGA